CAAUGAUUUGCUAAAAAAAACAUUUACUUUUCAAAGAGUCUUAUAAAGUUGAAUUGCAUUCAAAUAAAGUUGUAUUACAAAAUGUAUGAAAAUAUUGAAAUAAUUAAGUUCAAAAACAAGAUAACUUAUAUUUUGUAAUUGAACCUAGAGUCUUUAGUGGAUUGGAAAUUGGAUGAAAGAAAUAGUAAAAUUAAUGCCUUUGGUAUUCAGAUUGAUAAAAAAUGGGAAUACUUUUAUAUGGAGGAAUAAAAUCUUACUCUACUGAAACAAUUUCUUGAUGGGAAAGUUUAAUAUUAACACAUUUUUAAAUAGUAUCAAAUAAUAGGUUACCUUGGCAAAGGAGCUUUUGGAAAAGUAUAAUAUAAUAUUAAAAUAAUUCUUAGGUUUUUAAAUGUUAAAAUAAAUCAAAUGGAAAGGUUGUAGCAUGUAAAUCAAUAAAGAAGUGUAACCAAUAUCAUGAGAAAGUAUGAAAAUAUUCUAAUAAUUAGGAUUUUUUAAAUGAAAUUCAGUCAAUGCAAAAUCUGAAACAUCCCAAUCUGGUUUAACUUAAAGAGUUUUAUAUAGAAUAAAAACAUUUCUACAUUUUAAUGGAAUAUGUUUAGGGGGAGACGUUUAAAAAUUAUAUAAAAGUUAAUUUUUUAGAUGAAAAAGAAAAGAUAAUCAUUGUAUAAGUAAAAUAAAAAUAAAAUGAUUAGUAAUUAUUAUCCUUGGUUAAUUAUUUUCAUUCAGAAGGAUAUAUUUAUAGAGAUUUCAAACCUGAAAAUAUUCUUUUUAUUGAAAAUAAUGUGAAUAAGUUAAAACUAAUAGAUUUAGGACUGACAAUUAAAAAUGAUGAACUAUUUAGAAACAAAUAUUAAUUAUGUGGCACACCUGGUUAUAUGGCUCCAGAAGUAUUUGAAAAAACUUAUACAUAUGAUUUUAAAUCAGAUAUUUUUAGUUUGGGAGUAGUAAUUUAUGAAUUGUAAGAAUUUAUUUAAAAAUAUAUAGAUUUUCUGGGAAUUAUUUAAUGUAAGGCUAUGAUUCUAAAGAGUUAUUAAAUGUCAAUAAGUAAUUUUAAUUCAAUGAAGAGAUUGUCUAAAUAACUAAGAAUUAAACAAUUCAAAAAUUACUUUAAGGAAUGUUACAAGAGGAUCCAUUUAAGAGAAUAAAUAGUAAGGAGGCUUUAGAUAUAUUUAAAAAUAUGAAUUCAAAUAGUGAUGAAUAGUUAUCAACUAGCACAGACUGA